AUGGAUGCUGAGGCCACCUUUCACCUCUACUCUUAUUACUGUUCCUCAUGCUGUCAACGGAUUAUCAUAGCCGCUCAUCUCAAGGGCAUCCCCCUUGAAUUCUCCUACAUCGACUUGGGGCAAAAGGAGCACCGGACAGAUGAAUACAAAACUAUGCUCAACCCCAGCGCUAGCGUGCCCACGUUGGUGAUUACACCCCACAAUGGGGGCGAAAAGACCAUCAUCCGACAGUCCAUGACCAUCUUGGAGUAUCUGGACGAGAGCUUCCCGAACAGAGCCCCGCUACUCCCAUCCGUCUCUGCAAUGUUGGAUCGAGUGCAGGUACGCGACUUGGCCAAUAUCAUCGCUAUUGAUACCCAGCCCACCACAAACUCCCGUAUUGCACAGCGGGUAAAAGCUAUCCGCGGAAGUCUCGAUGACCAGGUUGCCUUCGUCAAGCAGGCCUUUACCGAUGGGUUCCAGGCUUACGAGAAUCUGUUGGUCAAACAGGCUCAAGGAGGGUCAUAUUCCUUCGGUAACACCGUUUCGCUGGCGGACGUGGUGCUGGUCCCCGCAGUUGAUCAGGCCCUGAUGUACAGAAUGGACCUGGACUUUGUGCCUAAUGUUAAACGCGUGUAUUUCGCCCUAAAGGGACUGGAGGCCUUCAAGGCUGCAGACUGGCGAAAUCAAGGAGAUACCCCUGAGAAAUUCCGGGUUAAGGAUUUCUAG